AUGGGUGAGACAAAUGACCGCUUUUACUACCCAGAUUCUUCUUUGCAUGAUGUCAAAGAGGAUGUUUUACCAGAUGUACACAUAGAAGCUCAAACAGGAGACUGGCAUACGUCCUCUACUUUCAAAGAGAGCAACUCGUUGGGUUCAUUACUUUCUAAUGAGCUACCUUGGCAAGUAAAAUGGUAUUUAAAGCUUAAUCCCUCUAAAAGUCCAGAAGAAUUACGCAUAGAUCCAUCAUGGAGCUACGAAACUCCGAAACUAGAGACGUUUAUGGGAAGACGUGAAAAUAACAGUCCUGAGAUCACUCUUACCCUAGAAUCAGGAAAGACACAUUUGCAAACCCUAAAGACAAUAUCUUCAUGUAUACUAUCUGGAGUUACACAGGAGUCCCUCAAGGCUCAAGCAUUUAAUCGCAGUACAGAAAAGAAAACCUCCGACGAUGGAACCGCCAGCAUAUUAUCGGCACAGUUCCAAAUGCCAUCUAACGAGGAUGGUAAAACAAAGCACUCCAUAUUGGAGUCACUAAAUAUUGCAAACAAUAAAAAGACAAAGGCUGGAUACAGUAGAAAAUAA